GUCGCCCGCAGAUUGGUCGUGUUUGAACGUUACUGGCUUGUCUCCACUAGGAAUUCCCAUCAAGGGUACUCGUGGAACUCGCUUUUGGCGCGUUUUCGCGCGAACGUGAGCGACGUUCGUGAUGCGUUCUGCAUUCGUGUACGGAAUGCGUGCGUGUUGUCAACACGCCUUGCCAAUGUAUGAGUCGCCUGGGCGACACAGUGAAAUCUGUGUGGACUACCAGUGAUCACUUGGAUUGCAGUGUUGGAUUGUAAGAAUCGAACGCGGCUACCUCUACGGGGUUUUUGCGUUUUUGAAGAUUUCGGAUUGAUUAAUAAGUUUUUGACUAGUACAAAAUGUUUGUACGCGGUGUUGAUUGAUCCAGGUUGUAUCUAGUACAAAGUGAAGUGAAAUAUAUUAGUGAUUUGAAGUGAUCAGUGAUAUUGUAAUAAGAUUUUUGUACAAAGAUUGCCUGUAACUUGCUGUUAUGCAUAUGUGUUAUGAGCGGCCAGGCCUGGUCACCUCCUUGAACGGAGGCGUGGGGUACGAGAAGUGGGAGCGCGACCGCGGCGGCGGCGGUGGCGGCGGCGGCGGCUCCGGCGGCGCGUGGUCGGGCCGCGACACACGCGACCGCGAGCGAGACCGCGAACGCGAGCGGCUCGCUCGCGCUAACCAGAUGUCGCACGCGCACGCCGCCGAGCCGGACGCCUCGUCACUCUUCCCGGCACCGUUCAGGGUGACUGGCAACAGGGACCAUGUUAGCCAGCAGAUCCAGCACAAGCUCGGCGACUACCACCUCGCACAGUCCCUCAUUGACGAUCCCAGCAAGUCCAUCGGGAUCUACGCCGAGCCACCCAGUCCGGCGCCAUGUACACGUCGCGAGAGCGAGUUCAAAAAACCAGCGCACGCGCCGCAAAAUGGUCGCCUUCACCAUCGGCCGUUUUACAACAAGAGCGAGGCGACUGGCUCAACGGGAACAUCUGCGCAUCGACCGCCGCCUAUCCGGAUACCAAACGGUUUUCAAAAUCAGAACCAACUGGAUAGCAGUCAACCGCCUAUAGAAAGCAUUUUAAAGGAGAUGAAAUCUCUACCGACGCCUUUAUCAGUGAUAGCGGCGACGCCACGCAAAGAGUCGGAUAAUAAGUUCAUCUUCAACCCUUACACUAAUAAGGUGCAAGAAAAUCCACAACUCAUGACCAACGAUCUCAAAACACCCCUUCCGAAACCUGGUUUAGACAACCGGAUAUCAAACUCGAGGAGUUCAGUCUCACCCGAUGUGAACAAGGACCUUGGGUUAUCAGAGAGCGAUGACGAAGUCGCAGCCACCACCACCAGUAUAGGGCCGUUAUUGUCGCCCAUUGGCUCCGCCAGCCCCAGUUCGGGCAGCUCAUCACCCUCGGACUCUGAGAGCGAGUCGUCGUCGGCGGAGUCAACGGCGGCGCCGCCGGCAGCCCCCGCGCCCGCGCCGCAGCCCGCCCAGCGGUCCUCCUGGAGCCUGUCCAACUUUGCCCCUCCCCAAGCACAGCCACAAGAACAGACCUACGACUCGGGAAAGGAGUUGAGGCAUGCGCUCGCCGACGUCAAAGACAAGCCGAGUCCAAUCUCGGAUAUGUCAGACUCGGAGGCGUCGUCGCCGUCGCCGGUGGGCGCGCGGCGGCGUCGCUCUCUCGCCAACCGCGCGUCCACCGCGUCCAGUGACGACGAGCCAAUGCGGCCCGCUACGCAGACGUCGCCACGGGUGCAGCCCGCGUUCACAGCGCCGCAGAAACGCGGCAGACCGCCCAAGGCGCGCGCGUUGGAGGAGCGGCCCGCGAAGAAGAAGCGCGGCCGCCCGCCCAAGCAGCAGCCCGCCGCCGCGCCCGCGCCCGCGCCCGCCGCGCCCGAGAGCGACGUCGAGCUGGACCUGCCCCAACCGCACGCGCAGGACAACAAAACACACAUCUUCCGAAAGGUUUUUACGCCCAAAAAGGGUGACGAAUGCGGUGGAAAAGGGGGCAAAGGUGGUAAAGGGAAAGGCGGGAAGGGCAAGGGACAGGUGACAAUCAUAGAGGUUCCCAUGACCCGAGAGUCUGCGGAUGAUGACGACCGCAGGAACCGUGAGCGUUCCACGGAACGGCGGAACGAGGAGGCGAUGGCGCGUGUCUCGCCUCCUCAGGAACCGGAAACCCUCACCAGAAGACGAGAAGCGGACCGAGUCGCCAAUGAGAGGAUACAGGAGCGUGUAUCUAUCGAGCGGGCUGACCACCGGCGCUCUGCUGAGAGACCCAUAGAUCGGAUACCGGACCGGACAACUCUCGACCGGAUACCGACAGAGCGCACCUCUAAUGACCGGAUACCGGAUCGGAUACUAAGUGAACGGUUACCUCCCGAGCGGACGCUCAGUAACCGUAUGUCGGAUCGGACGAGUAGAAUUCCUGGGAUCGCACCUGAUCGGCGUUCGACAGAAAGGUUCCUUGGAGACAAGGUGUCACAUGAACGAUUAAGUAAACCUCACGAGCGGUUAUCCGGCGAAAAAGUUAUCGAGCGACACGAAGAAAAGUCUAUGGAAAGACUGUCAGCGGAGAAGUUACCUAUUGAGCGUUUGUCCGAGGAUAAGACGUCACUCGAGCGGUUGGGAGCAGACAAAGUAGGACUCGAGCGGUUGGGGGCCGAUAAGGCGGGACUCGAGCGGUUGGCCACCGACAAGGUUGGACUCGAGCGGUUACCGAGCGAGCGGUACGUUCGCGCGGAAGCCGACGUCGGCUCCGGACUCAAGUCGGGCCGCGGCUCCGAGAGGCUCGAAGAGGCUUCCUCAAAUGUGCCGGGCGGGCGGUCUCGCCUGGUGGUGCGCGUGCCGCUGGCGCGGCUGCGCGGCGACGUGGUGCGCGCGCUGCAGCGGCCGCUGCACCCGCUGCACCCGCUCGCGCCGCUGCACGCGCUGCAUCCGCUGCAUCCGCUGCACCCGCUGCAUCCGCACAGCGCACACAAUGCACGCCGCCCGCAGCCCAAGCGCAGGCCCACGCCGCUUCCCGACCAGGGCGCGGCCGUCGGAGCUACCAACCACGAGCGGACGGCGUGCGGGCAGACGCCCAUCUACUUCUCAUACUUCGAACGGUUGCCCGCCGACGCGCUCUCUGACGAGGAACGUGAUCACAAGUACUACCUAGAAGAGGCGACGCGCCUCCGCACGGCGGCGGAGCGUGAACAAGAGCCGCUACCUCGAGUGAUGCUGUACCUGGAGUCGGUGCUGUGCUUCGUGCUGACGGGCCGCGUGCUGGAGCUGGAGCACGACACCAAGCGCGCCUUCACCAUCUACCGCGAGACCAUCGAGUACAUCAAGUCGAUACACUCGAUGCCGCAGCGGUUCAGGGCGUCGCCGCACUCCACCUUCAGCAAACUGGAUAUACUCAGUCUUCGUGUACAAGCUCUGCUGUACCUGCGAAUGUUCAAAAUGUACAAUCGGGACGUCAAAGAGUACAAUAAGAUUGUGCAGGAAUAUCAACAAAAGCACGUGUGCCGUGUGUCGUGCCCGCAGCCCGCGUGCGCGGAGGCGCGCGAGCGCGAGCGCGAACGCGAACGGGAGCGCGAGCGCGAACGCGAGCGGGAGCGCGCGCCGUCGGUGUCGCCGCUGUCGCCGUCGCCGUCGCCCGCCGGCUCGGUGGGCUCGGCCGGCUCGGGCUCCGCGUCGUCCGGCUACUGCUCGCUGGCGCACUCGGUGCCCGCGCAGGCGCACCACGCGCUGCUGCAGCUCACCAAGUACUACACCUUCCUCUACGUGGCGCACGACCUCUGGGAGCAGGCCGACGGGCUCUGCCGCCUGCGGCCCAACCAAGAUCUAUUCAUCGCGGUAGAUCGCAAGUGCGGCCCUCUGUCGCUGUCGUCCACGUUCCGACAUUUGGUCCAAUACGUGCGGUACGCGAUAUCGCUGCUCAAGAACGUGCCGCGCGAGUGACCGCGCCCGCUGCCGCGCCCGCUGCCGCGCCCGCUGCCGCGUCCGCUGCAGCCACCGCUCCUCGCCCGCCACUGCGGUGUCUGACCAACGAGCGUCGCUAGGCUUGUAUCACUUGUACUUGUAACAUACACCACGGGGAACAAUGGACUACGUAACGUUAAAAAUCCAGGAUUUCACGUGUUUACUGAAAUAACUAUUUUUAAAAUUAUAUAAAAAGGAUAUUAUUGUAACACGUUUGAUGAACGAAUUGGAAUUUUGAUAAAUUAUUUUAACAGCAAAUUGGGACUUUUGAAAAAGAGAAAAUUAUUAUGUCCAUAAUAAAAUCACAAAUUCGUUUAUUUUAAACAUAGAAAUAUAAAAUACUAAACUCAUCAUAAUGCAAACUUAUUUAUUAUUUAAUUUAAAUGGAGAUUUUUAAUGUUUAAUUAAGAUUGUAAAAAGAGAAUAAAAUCUAUCUAGAGAAUAGAAUUCUAAUUUUAGUAAUAUGGAACUAUUAUAUAUAUAUAUAUAUACAAAAAGGAAGAUACUCUUUCACUUUUAAUUUCGCCUCGUUAGCAUCCAAAAAGUACAUCUAAAUUGCUAGUCAGGUGUAUUUUGUAAUGUGAUCUAAUGAAAUCCAAUUUUGUAAUGUGCCAUCUUUUAAGGGAACUAUAAAGAAUGGCUAUCGUUUUUAAAUGUAUUUUGUAUUUCUAUGUUGAUGAACGUGUAAUAUUUUUAAAUAUUCAUUUACUUCAGUAUUGAAGUCUAAUCGGUAAAGUGUGACACAAAUCGAUUAGUUAGUUGUUUUUUUUUUUUUUUUAAUAAUGAUGAUAUAUAUGAAUUGAAACGAUCACGAUUAUUAACUAAAUGAUCAGGUAACUGUAGGUGGUGUCUGCCUACUUGAAGCUAUAAAAUAUUGGAUGUGUUUAUGAUUAUAUAAAAUAUAAAUUCUAUUUUUAUUGUCGUUUAAUGUAAGUUUUUAAUUAUAGUUUUAUAAGAAAACAGAUUUUACUGAUUAGACUUCGCUAAGAGUGUUUAUACCAAAGUCAGAUGACCUUUUUUAUGUCAAUUUUCAAAAACAAUUUUAAUUUUUUUUUUUCAUUUAUUUAUAUUUAGUGUGCAAGCAAUUGUGUUUGCAUGACUGUGUUUCGGUUUGAAGGGUGGGAUAUGACGUGAAUUUACUGGGUACAGAGGAAUAACACCUGAGUCCUCAGGAAUGGCAACGCAUGGGGGGUAUCAUGGGUGAAACAGUAUACUCUGCUAUGUCCAUGGUACUGCUCAUGUCUAUAGGCGACGGUUACCACUUUCCAUCAUCCGUCAUUCCGUCAUUCUAAGUCGCAUAAAAAAAAAUUUCAUCGCGUUAAGUCCCUAUUGUGUAUUUAAAAUAUAUUUAAAUAUUAACUGCUGUUGAAUUAUUUUUGAAAAUUAACAAUUCAUGUCGCUUAACAUUUGGUAUGAACGCUCUUAAUUAUUUAUAUUGAAAUGACGAAAAAUUGCAAUACAAUUGACAAUUUGUUAUUUAUGAAAUUAAGUUAUUUACUAAAAUAGAUCGUAUGUUUGGUAAUCUUAAUUAUUUUUAAGUAUUUUCAUAUUGCAACCCAUCGGUGGAAUACGUUUCUAAUUUUGUUACUGUUGGUUGAAAACGGAUUAACGGAUGGUUAUUGUUCGAUUGAAAUUUUUUAAAGUACAGUCACCGGCAAAUAAUUUGAUAAUAGUUUUUCUAGCACGUGACCUGUGCAGUAACGAUUUUAUAUAUACAUGUACGUUUUGCAUCGAAAGUUAUUUUAAUCGGGGACUUUUAGGUUGUUUCAUUACAUACUUUUAUGUUUAUAUACACUUAUAAACACUCAUAUGUAUGUGUUGGCAAUAAGUAAUUUUUUAUUUAAAACAAAAAAGGUCAAACUUCACACAAUUGUCAUGGUGAUGAAAGUGAAUAUCAUCAUCGUCAUUAUAUCAGCCGUUAACCCUUCUUUGCAUAAUGGUGGAAAUUUCCAUCAUAACAUUGAAUGCCCAAAAAUUAUAUAAAAGAACAAGUUUACUUUAAGUUGAUCGUGUCUGGAUACCUUUUUAAUGUUCAUUGCAGAAAAAAAAAACAUAGCUGUCAAAUUUAUUUUUGUAACCAUUUGUCCUUUAAUUUUGAACAUGAAUUGUAUCACCUUGAUUUAUUUCGCCAAUAAAAAAAAAACAUGCAAAGAAGGGUUAAUUGUCCAGUGCUGAAUAUAUGCCUUCCUCAUAAGGGUGGGAGGUUCUACGUAAUAGUUACCAUAUUGUAAUUUUAAAAUAUAUUUAUUUUCGUCAUAAUAAUUGGCACAUCAUAAUAUAAUAAGCACUGGCGACUCUAUUUGUGUCGUCAGUGACGACGGGCAGCGGUGAUCACUCACCAUCAGGUGGUGAUCUGAUGGUGAGUGAUCACCGUUAGCACUCUCGUUGUUAGCCUUUCACAUAAAAAAUAAAAGGAAUUGUGAAUAGAAUUAAUAGCGGAAUACUUUCAACCGCAAAAAAAUACAUACGAAUUGUAAACUUUUUACUAUUGAAAUUAUCUUAAAAAUUAUCUACUGCGCAGGCUUCAUUGUUUAUUUUUUCCAAAUUAUUUGCCGCGAACUGUACUUGAUAUAUUUUGAUCGUUGUAAUAUCAAAUUUAAACCAUAUUAGUGUAUUAAUACACUUUAUAACUUUAAUGAAGUUAGUAAAUCAAAUGUAUUAUGAAUUAAAUUCUAGGCUCAAACAUUAUAGACAUAUAUCUGUACUACAGAGGCUUAAUACUAAACGUUAAAACGAAAAUUACUGGAUAAAGAUAUGCAGAAUUAAACUUGGGCAUUAUUAUAGGACCAUUAUCAAGUAAAAGGCCACUGAUAGAAUUUCACCAAUCUACAGAUAUACCACAAGGUGACAAGCAAGCAGACAGCCUGUCUGAUUAUAAAUCGUUACUGUAGCAUAGCAACACUAAAAAAUAUUGUGGUCAAUUCGAAGGCGCUAAUUUUUUAAACCAAUCUUCAAAACUAAAAUUCGAAUUUGAUAUAAUAGUGAAAUCUUUAUUAUAAGGACGGAUGUGAACCUAAAUAAAUAUGUCCCUUCCAUUCUAACACGGCAUAUCUAGCUGUCAAUUUGAAAUGGACGACAUAAACUUUUUUCUCAUUUUUAUGUAUGAUUCUUUGAUAAAGAUAUUCAGAAUGUUUGAAUCGUCAGAGGCGUCGGUAACGGUAACAGUGUUGCGAGUUCAGUGGUUAUUUCCCACAUUAAAAAGUCGACUUUAAAAAAUUUAGUGAGGAAAUGAAAGUAGGCUCAUUUGCCUCUGUGAUACAGGUAUAUUCUAAAACUAAGGGCGUUUCUGAUAGCGAGUCAUUGUGUAUAAAUUCAAAGUACAAAAUGGCGUUUCAAUUAAAUCAAUUUCUUUAUUUACAGAUUAUAAAACCCCACAAGGAUAGUUCAAAAUAUACUCAAAAGCAAUGACGACUUUAGUGGCUAUUGUAGUAAUUAUUGAAAUUCAUUAUUAUAACAAAUAAGCCAUUUUGAGCUCUGAGUUUGUACAGCGAAUGCUCAUAAUCAGUAACACCCUUAAGAGCGUUCAUUCUUUAUCUUACUAAAGUAUGGAAACCCCGAAAUUAACUGUCAAAUUUAAAAAAUAUUUUUUUUUUUUUUUUUUAUUUAAUUGAUUGAUAAUAAAAAAAAAUGUUUUGCUAGCGAAUUAGAACGUCUAUAAUAGAAUACGUUGCAUACAAAGCAACCACUAAAAACUUUGCGCCUGUUUUUUUUUUUUAAUUUCAAAAUUAUUUCUUCUCUCAGAAUUCAAAUUUUCAAUACCAGCUUAUUAAAAAUAUAAUUGCAUGUUUAAAGUUUUAGUUUGCUAGCAGAAACUUAUUGAAUGAUCAGUCAUAAACAUUGAAAAUUGUUAAUUUGUUUUUGACAGAUGACAGAUAAUUACAGUGUUGCCACACUUCGAUAAGCUAAAAUUAUGAAUGCCUUUUAAUAAAAUUAUGAACAAGCAAUGAAUCGUAUGUGGCUAUUGCCAAUACUUUCAUAUCGACGCUAUCAGCAAUGUAUAUUCUUUCUCUUAGGUUCUCGUCGGAAGAUAUUGUAUAUUUUGUACUAAUAACACCAACUCGGAUAGGACUGUAACGCAUGUUUAUUAGGUAGGGGUAAUAUCUAUAUAUUGUUGGACAUUGCUGGCCAAAAAGGUCAUCACCCAUUUCGAUAUCACCUAUAUCGGUCGGAUAUCUAUUUUCGAAUAUGUUCAAAGUCUAUUAUCCGAUAUAAUUUUUUGCAUUACUUUUAACAUAUUCGUUAUUAGACCAGUACAUAGAUGUUGGAACUAAAAUAUAUAGACAUUGCUAUAUCCCUAAUAUUUAUAGCAUGCUACACCACACAGAUGUAUUCAACUAAUCCCGGCCACACACGACAAGAUUUAUCGCUUCGAUCGCAACUGUAGUGAAUACUAUACAGUUUUCUGUAUAAAUACAUUACGAUUUAUCAUUACACAGGCGAUUUUCCGUUGCGUGUGUGACAACAUAAGAUAUGGACUCGAUGGCCGAUAGAUGUCGCCGACGAAUAUGCGAUCCAUACCAACGGUGACUGUCGUCCGAACAGUCUUUAAACUACAUUAUCUUUCCAAAACUAUGACCAAAAAAACUGUAUAAAAAUGUAAUUACCGUGUGUAUAUAAAGUAAGCUUCGUUGCCUAGCAACGGCGCACGCGACCAGUCUCGCGUCGAUCGACCGGCUCUGUAAAUGUUAAGUGAUAGAGUAAAUCAUAUCUUAAGUGUUUUUCGUUGUAGUACCUUUUUCCAAUCAUUGAAAAUGUUUUACUGUCGGGAACACAUAAUACGAAUUGCUCGUUUCUAGUGUAAUUGGAGCUAUACGAAAACUGUUAUUCGCAUGUGGGCCAAUCGAAUAUAUUAUAAAUAUCUCACUAUGUAUGGGAUCACUUGUAGAGUUCUUCGCAAUAAUUAACUAAACUAUCGCGCUUCUUUUUAAGUUGGUGAAUGUGAAACUUAGAAUGUACGAUAAGUACUAAUUUAGUUUAAAACCGCUAAGGAACUUGAUGCGUGCCGACGUGAUGUGAACGAGUCGGUUUGUUGUAGACGUACGUGUGAUGCACUCGCAGGACAAUUGUCUAACUAAUAGCGAAUAUGUUCCUAUAUAGAUUUGAUUAGAUACAGAACAAUGAUUGAGCAAAACAUGUUUACAGUCGUGUCUAUAUGACUAAAUAUUUUUUCGUAUACAUAUCAAAUUAUUUGGGGACAAAAUCGUCUAGACUCUCGUUUGAUAUAAUUUCGUGUUUAGAUAAUGAAAUACAAUGGCGGCGCGAUCAAGACAGUUUCUGAUCUCUCAUUGACAUGUAGACGUUUUUUGUGAGACAAUAAUACUCUGUUAGGGGAGCUAGAUUCAUUGAAUACCAUAACUUCUCCAGUUGGAUGGUUGAAGAGUUAAUUGAGAUAAUGUAAUUGGUUGAACAAAACAAUUGACGUGAUUCAAUUUAAUAAACUUAAAGUGCAAAAUAUUUUUAAAAUGUAAUAAUUUAUAAUUACAAACAACGCUGACAUCAAAUAACGCCGUAACACCAAUAACAAUAUCUAUUCCUAUCGGUUGUUUUUCAAAUUUAUGUUGUGAUUGUAUAUAUAUAUAUAUAUAUAUAUAUUGAUAUAUAUAUAUAUGAUAAUUAUUAUAUUAUACAUUUUGUAAUGAAUAUACAUGUUAGUGCCAGAUAGGUUUUUUUAUGGACGUUUAUAGCAAGAGUGUAGCCGAUGCGAAGUAAUAUGACACUGCAAGUGUUGGCGUGCGUCGGUCGGGUGUGCGUGCGUGCUCGCGUGGGCGUGCACGUGGGCGCACGCGUGUGUGUGCGUACGCGGCCGUUUCAAUACAAAACAGUUGUAACGUUAUUAAGUAAGGAGUGACAAGAGAUGCCUUGUACAUAUUAUAUUAUAAGAAAUGUGUAGUUUCAUUCAAUAUUUUAAUUUAUAUUGUAAACUAUAUAUUUAUAAUAAUGUUUGAAUAAGAAACUUUAUGAGGGUGAGUGUGUGGGGCGUGAACGUGUCGAGGCCUGGCGUGAGUGAGUGGUCACGGGAUCCUGUUCUGUAUAAGACAAUUUAUUUUUAAAAUUGGAUAUUGUAAAUGUCGUAGAGGAGCUUGCAGCGUUCGAUUUAUUAAUAUGUAGGUUAGAUGAUAGGCGGUCGGCUCGGAGACCUGACGCCUCAAAUAGACGCACUCUCGCGGAGCCAAUAUUACCAACAUAGGUACUGAUGCAAAUAGAUGUCGCAACUCCUUGUACUUUGCGUGCUAUUACGUUCGAAGUAAGCUCAAAAAAGCCUACUUGUACCCAGCUUAAAUUGCGAUUCGAAGUUCCUAUUCAUACAUAGAAGAAAGUUAUGAUAAAGUGGUAGAGAGGAAUUUGCUAUCAAUUUAUAGCUCGUGUAUCAUCACAAUGGUUUAGUAGUGGCACGCUUAGGUUUAAUAUUGAUCGAGGCACCUUGCGACGUCUAUUUCCAUCUGUGUCUGUGAUUACCACGCUAGUUACCGCUCGCGUUGCGUUGCUUCCAGUAGGGAGGUCGCCGCGUGAAACCAGCCCAUACUUCUUCUACGUAUAUUGGUUACUACAGAACGUUGCACACUACACGAUCAAUCACAAAUAAUCGGUACUUACUUUCCGCACAAAUUUUAUUUAUAAUUUUUUUUUAAAUUGUUAUUUAUGUAUUGUUUCAACAAUAUUCACAGCAAAACUUAGGCAGUUAAAUCUUACAUUCAUACAAUGGUUUGGAUUUGGUAAGUGCCUUUCAAUAGUUGUGACUUUGUCCCAACACUAUUAUGUUUUUUUUUUUUUCUCUCGUUGAUGAAUUAUUGUAUAUUAAUUAUCAAAAAUCAAUUGCAUCUCAUUUAGAAACUCGCAUCUGUACUUUAUUUUUGUUAUCGUUCUUAGUUAAAUAAUGUUAUGAUUUUUCAAUUAUUUUUUUUUCCAUUAUGUUUUGUUGCUUUUAUUAUUUUUAAGCCUUUAAUCCCAUAAUUUUAGAGACUCGUUCUAAAUUUUUUUUUGUAUAGUUUUGUGUUAUAAAUUUUUUUUUUUUUUUUGCUAGCAUAUCUCUUCGUAUCUAUUUUGAACUACGAAGGGAUGUACCAACCUACGUAUGUCACAUUAAUUUCAUACAUAUAUUUUAAAUGAACAAUAAAAUGUUCAUUAAUUCAAGUGAAUGUUGUCCUAAAAUGAAACCAAAUUUGACAAAAUUUUUUAAUAUAUAUAUAAAUCGAUGAACAAGUGUGAGCGCUGGUUUGGUUAGCGAUUGUUUAGAUAAUUGUAAAAUACUGUUUUCAUUAUUUUUUUUUUAUAUUAGCAUCUUGUGUUGAUAGCAUGUAUAAUUUGUUUUUUUUUUUAUUCGAAUUAAGAUUAUGUAUAAACUUGUUUUCCCUUAAUUUUAUUAUUUGUGUAAACUAUAUGUUAUUGAUGAUAGAAUAAUACAUUAAUUUUUAUGUAUGGAUUAUUUUUGUUUCUUUAUUUUCCUUUCCUUUUGUUUUGAUUAUUUUAAAAUUUACUUUGAUUUGUUUUUCUUUUAAUAAAGUUUUUAUUAUUUGGUAAUGCGAGAUAGUUCAUUAUUCACUUAGACGUAAUUAUGUUGAAAUAGUAACAAUUUUAUUACUUCAUUAUUCUAAAUUCAGACUAUUUGUUUAUUCAGUUUAUUCUAAUGCGGUAAGUUUAUAAAAUUUGUAAAGUAGAUGGCGCCAGUGUGUUUUAUAUAGUCAAUUCAGUGAUCAAUCGUACCAUAUUGCCAUUUGACGACGAGGUGUCGUAGUUUCGCAUUUUUAUACCAAAAUAAUGCUUUAAUUAUGUGAUAGCGUAAUACAAUUUGCCUUCGUCAAUUUUGCUACCGAUAAAUACAAUUCCGAAACAAAGCCGGUGCUGACAUGAUCUCUCGAAGAACACGUCACACAAUGUACGCAGAAGAUAAGAUUGAAAUUAGGGACAAUUUAUCUUUGUAUACCAGGGGUUCCCAAACUUAUUCUGUCUACUGCUCACUUUGAGAAUAAAUAAUUUUUAGGGCCCCCACUUUUUUACCUUCUUAAAAAAAACCACUAUUACUUCAAGAUAAAUAAAUCACCCCCCAAACCUCUACACAACGCCCCCAUUUUUUUUUUCUAGAUCUCUUACCGCCCCUCUUUAGGCCUGCAGCGCCCAAGAGGGGGCGUUAUCGCCCACUUUGAGUAGGACUGUUGUAUACUAUAAAUUACUAAUAACGGCAUAUUACAUAUUAGUCAUCAAGAAACAAGAUCUUGAAAUUCGUAAUUCUACUGACGAAGUAAAUAUCUGAUUAAUCGAAAUGCGAAUUCUGAACUUCCAUCAUAUUUUUUUUUAUAACUGGUUUCCUAAGUACGUUCCUUUACUAAAGAAAUAGAUAACACUUCUAAUAAAUACAGUACAUAAAAAGCUACUGGAUAUUACUCUGUUUACAUUGAAUAAAAAAUAAACUGCGUCCACUCACGAUUAAGGAUUCCGAAUGGUUCCGAAACUAGUCGAGCUUUCUCGACCUAAUUGCAUGUAAGUUAAAUCAACAAUUAUUACAUUAAAAAAAACAUUACACAAAAUCAAAGAAAAUCAAUGUAGCCAACAUUGAGACAGUCAGCACCGUCCUUCGUACAUUGAUACAGAUGCAGCUGUUGCAAUAACGCACAGACGUGUUCGUGAGACAUUAAAUGCCUUAUCGCAAGUGUCUUUCUGCCGCCGAUUUAAGAUAGAAUAAUGUCGAGCACACUGCGUGUGCGCUUAGAAUUGUCCCAGACAGAUCUAGAAGUAGAGAGUCGCAGUGUUUUAUCCAUUUAGUAUAUGUGUGUUUAUUGUACUGGAGUUUUACUUACCAUAAAUAGUAUAUCCUUUAGCAACUCUAGUGAAAUAGGGAUUUAACUGUUUCAGACUAUAAUUCUAAAAGUUACAGGUUCAAUCCGCGUUCAAUACAAAUGUAUUGAUCUAAGAGAUUUAUAAAAUGUAUUUACAAACAUGUUCGUUCCUCUUAAAACAUUUGUAAAAGCCUAAUUGCGGUUGCCAACCCACUUGCCAAGCGUGAGUACUGGCGAAACUCCCUUUAUAAGACAGGAUUAUGUCCAGCAGUGGACAGUUAACGGCUGAAAUAAUAAUUUAUAAAAACAAAAAUAUUUGGUAGUUUUAACAAGUUGUCAACCACUCAUAGCUUUUUUUUACAUUAUAUAGAUAGAGCAUCGAGCCGCAAAAACGGAUCAACUUUUUGUUAGCUAAUUGUCAAAUUAGAUGCCAAAUAAAAUGAGUUUUUACGCAUUAAAAAGGCGCACAAAUAAUAAGACAAAAUAAAUAUAGAAGUUAUAAAGGAAUCACUCAUAACUAUUUAUCACGCAAAAUUGUAUGAAAAGUUGACCCGCUUUUCUCGAAGCAUUUGUAUGGAAACGUAAUCUAUAUAAUCUAAGUUUUUUUUAUACCACUAGAAUUAACAAACAAGCAUACGGUUCUAUUGAUUCUGUAGUGUGAACUUUCCUAAUUGAGAACUAGAUGACGCUGUUAAGAGUAUUGGUAUAUUUAACAUCAUAUGUACUCUUAGAUACAUUUAUGCCCAGCUCUGUUCCUAAUUCUGAGGUGGGCGCAGCCUACCUGUCCCUCUUAUUUACGCUUACGGAUGGAUAAGACUCAACAAUACAUACAUUUCUGUUCUCUUUUGUCUUUCCUUACUAUUUCUUUUAUAAAAAUUUUACAUAGUUUGAUGAUUGAAUUUCUUAAUCAUUACAAAUAGGAGUUCAUAUAAUAUUGCGUCGGAAUAUAUUAGUAGUUUGUGUAUGAAAUUACCAUACUAUAGAACAAAAUCCUUAAGUGUGUCUGUAUAUAUAACGAGAUUAUGAGCUCACCAUAUUUUUCCGUUUUCAACAAUUUUAUUUGUCUUUAUCCGAAAGUCCUCUUCAGGGAGCAUACGCCACUUUGCGUCGCAUACGUCAGUCACGGUGAGUUCAUUAUUUUCCAUUAUAUAUGUAUAUAGGCAUCGGAUUAAUAUGAACAUAAGUUUUAAAAAUAAUAUCCUUAAGUAUUUUAUGAGAAUCAAUGAGUGAUGCCUUUGGCAGUAUAUAUGUACAUAAGUUGCUGCGGCCGUUUAUCAUACGGCGGAUCGUAUGCUUGCUUGCUACAAAUUCAAUUCAAUCAAACGCACGACUCAGUAGACAAUAAACACACAGAUUGAAUUGCAAAGUUAAAAGUGAGGACGCCUGACAAUGUAUCAUGUAUUAAAUAAAAUACACAGACGAUUGGCCGACAGUUCUGAGCGUACAAGCAAGGACCCAAACACCAUUAUGCAAAUAGAUCAAUUAUAAUUGGUACGUAUAUAAUAGAUGUCGUAACGUCAUAGUCGCUGCAAGCUCAUAUUAUGGUUUGCACAAACGAGAGACAAUCUAUAGAGGACAAGAAAAUAUUUUGGAAAGUCGUAGGUAGUCGUAAGUAAUUCUGCAUAUGAAAUUCCCACAGCGUGGUAGAGAUAUUGUUUUCAUCUUUUUAAAGAGGUAUUCUACCAGUAAAACAAUUUUUUUUUUUUUCAUAAAAAUACGGAUAGAAAAAUGACAAAUAUUUGAGUCGUUCAUGCUAACAUGGCUGUCAAGUUAGGGACUGCAAAUAUUUUUGUCGCUUUCAACUUUUUUUUUUGCAACAUUAAUUAAUAAUUGAGUAACAAAUUAACGACUUAAUUAAUUUACUUAAUUUUUGUACGAAAAAUGUUCACGUUUUACUAUUAAUCACUGUCUUAAUAGAAUGUUAAUAAUUUCCUUUGUCCUCUGUACAAUAGGUUGAAAAAUUUUACUUCUAAACAGCUCGAUGCGACAAAAUUGGAACCCGAAUUAACUAUGAAUUCCUACAGCAAUAAUAUGGGAAUAAUGUAUGUUAGAUGGUAAGAUAAAAGCCGGUAUUUAGUCAAAACACCAGUAGAUGGCACCUGCGUCAGGCCUAAUGACGUUUGAGAAGGUGGUUGGGAAAUUUCUCCACGUGUCACUGUUUUUUCAGUAAUAUAAUUAAAUACUCGGGACAAAUAGCUGAAAGAUGUGUCAUUAUCGGGAUGAUAGGUUUAGCGAAUUCGAAUCCUGUCAGAUCAUGUCGUAAGGUUUUUUCGACCUAUUAUUUUUGGAGGACAAAAUACUCCAUUGCAACAUAUGCACUUUGUACGAACUCGUGUAAUCAAUACAAUGCAAUUCCCUAUUGUAUAUUGAUGGACAUAAAAAUAGAUCGAGAAUUGUCCCUCGUUUGUGCACGCCCUUAGUUUAAAUGUGCGCGCGCAUUUUGCGUCGAUCGUAUAACAAGCCUAACACAACACGCUUUUGUAUACGAUAAAUCAUAGUUACCGUAUUCACACAGCAAUAUAUAGCUAUAAACAAAGUGGCAAAUUCACAUAGCCAACCAUCGAAGACGAGUAACAAACGAAACUAUCGGUAGACACAUUUUCGUUAGUGCACACAUGCGAAAGAGUGAGUUGCUAUCACGUUUUAUCUAACGCGGUAGCGUUUACGCACCUAUCGAUAGAUACGUUUAUCACUAGUCUAAAAGGCCAUUAGCAUAGUUAUUGUUUUUUAGUCUAUGGUCGCUAUCCUACAUUGAGCGUGCAGGCAGUUAUUAAGAAGAAGCACUUGCUAAGAGUCGUAAACUUUGUGGUUUUGAAUUAUUUCAAAGUCUAAAAUUGCAAGUAUGAUGUACGACCAUGAAGAGCAGGAUGAUGUCUAAAUACGUUAUCUGUGUAACGUAAAUGGCAUCUUAUUUAAGAUGAAUGAUUUAAUGAAAACGCUACGAAAUUUGGCAGGAAACUGCAAAAUUACGAUUCAUUAGCAUGAGGGGCCUUUCAAGUGAAACACAGUUGGCAAUAGUAACAAGAGAAUUAUGUAAUUGUUAGUAAUAAUUAUAUCCAUAUACAACGAUUUGUUUGUUUACUAGAUCGCCAAAAAGGUAAAAGCAAUACACUUUUUCUUACACGGGGUGUUCAAUAAUGUAUUUACUUGUGUCCGUGUGAAUACAUUGUAAAUUUAUCAAGAUCUAUGUGUUUGACAAAUUCCAUAUAAAUCAGCUUAGUCGAAUAUGCGUAAUUCAGUAACAGAAUUUCAUAGUACUAAUAUUUUUAGAUUGUCAUUAUAUAAAAUGCAUUUUCAGUACUAUAGUAUUAAAAGAAGACUAUUUAUGUCAGUAAGAACUUUUCCUGAACUAAUUUAUAUUUUUUUUAUUCAUUUCGAUACAUUCAGUUCCCGGUCUAAUGGAUUAUUACAAUAAAACUACAGUAAAUAUAUUUUAAACACCCUGUGUUUAUGAAUUCUUACGGUCGGAGAUCCUUGAUCUAAAUAAUAAGAGUAGCUCUAUUUUUACUAAAACAGUGUUUUUCAACCUGCGGAUCGCGAAGGGCGAAGGGGUGGGGAGGAGUCAAAUAAAAAUGCACUUGAUUAUUAUUUCUUACUAGAAAGUUAAUAAAAAACGCCAUUUUUUAAAUCAGUUUAUUUACUUUUAUUACAAACUUAUGGGGUCAUGGAUAAGAUAAAAAAAAUUGCUUACGAUUGUAAUAUUUAAUAGGGUAAUCAGAGGCAUUUAUCGAAUAUGUACAAAACGUAAUCGACAUGCAUAAUUCGCCGCGAAUGUUAGAAUUCACCAUGGCAAAGGGCGACCCUACCGCCAUCUCUUGGAUUAGUAAUUUUAUCGUGUAGGUACUAAAUAUAUUUUAUUAAUGUUCGCGUAUUCAAAAUGGUUGAAAAACACUGCUCCAAAAGUCUUGGCAACUGUUCUAAGCAAUUAAAAUAUCCAUCUUUUAAACACUGCCUACCUAUAGUCGAUAUAAGGAAAAGUCUUAAACGAUUCCAUUGAUUUAAUGUAGUACUUUGUAUAGAGGACGUCUAAGCAGCAAGUUGGCGAUGCGAGAAAAGAGAUAGAGAUAUUUGGAUGUAUGAAGAUAAUUGAGACGGGGAGAACGUGUGCCCUCUUUAAAAAUUAAGUGCCAAAUUAUAUUUUUUUUAUUAUUAAAGAAUAAAAUGCAAUAAAUAUUUAGAUACUGUUUCGAUUAGUGACCCUUCCCUCACUUCGUGCACAGAUAAUAUAAUACUAUAUCUUCGGGUCCUGUCGCCUGUAUCAAAUAGUGAGAACGGGACAUCUAGUUCGACAAAGUGCAUUAAGUGUGAAAAGGGCAAAACUUACAUCAAAAUACACCUGUUUUGAAUUAUGGUUAUAGAUUUUAUUUGGAAAAUAAACAGUACAAUAUCAUAAAUAAAUUCCACAGUAACUUAUAAGUAAUGUAUGUGGAUGCUCUACAAUUUGCUGCUUUCAUUAAAUACUUUAUGUAUAAAAUCGACUAUAGGAUGGUAUAAGGAUGGUUCGAAAUUUCAUUUUAUACCUAAGUAACACCAAGCAACACCAUAAGAGAUUAUGUACUUAACAUGGAUUUCUACACUCAUAGUAUAAAUAGGCUUAGUCGCAACAUAGAUUCAAAUAAAUUACUAGCUUAGAAUUUUAUAAUCUUUUUAUACUAUAUUUAACAAAGAAUAACACGCAGCAGUGCUUUAUAUCGUAAAUGAAUUACUAUCUGUCGUGCGCUUGUUUUAAAUUGUUUUAUUUAUGUUAUAAGAAAAUCCCAAAUGCCCUACUUAUUUGAAAUCCAUCACAUACUUUAUAUUUAGCGAUCAUGGUUCUAAGUAUAACUUUUCAAGAGACAUAUUAUGAAUUUUAUAUACACAAAUAUGUAUGGACUAAAAAAAAACCCAUAAAGUUACUCAAUAACAAGGUCUAAAACAGAGACAGAAUAUUAUUGAAAUAAUUUUUAAGUCGGAUUAUUGACGUCGUCUUUUAGAAUUGUAAAUGUAACAAUUAAUUAAAUAAGUACGUAAAUUGUCAUUAUUAAAUUCUUGAAUGAAUGUUUAUACAUGAAUUACCUUGGUUUAAAACUAAGCACAACGGAUAUUAAUAAUUACUAGCCUAUAAUUGUAUCUACAUAAACAUUUUACUAAACAACAAUUCUAAACUACAACGCAACCACAUUCUAAAUGAAUAUAAGACGCUUAAGUGCAUUGCCGUAUUCGUGUAUUAUUAUAUAACUAUUUUUAGAAUAACAAUUCACACGAUAACCAUUUUUAGGUGUUUCCUUGUUACUGUCCCGAACUACUCCUGGCCGAUGGCAGAGGCGCCUAUUUGUAUUAUGCGGAGUGGGGAAUUGAAUUCAUUUAUUUUAGAAAUAAAGUUCAAAAUGGAAAUUUAAAUUGUGCCUUAGUGAGAGAUUGUUUAGCCUCAUUUAAUUUGAAAUCUCUUGUUCAAAUUACACACUCAUAGUGCGGUCUGUACGUUAACUGUCUAAGUGAUGUAUAAGGGGACAAAACGGCUCGCUUAUACAGCGUACAGAGUUGGUAACAGCCAUAUUAUUUUAAUGGUAACAAUUUGAUGUUUUUGUACAGAUUUUGAUCAAUCGCACUGUACACUAAACGCACUAAAGUAGAUUUAAAAAUUGAAAAUAAAACCCCUCUCUGAUUUAUAAUAAAUAAAGUAAUGCAAUAACAAGUAACAAUAUUUCUUUUUAUUGAAUGUUGUAUAUUUAUUAUAUUUAUAUUAUAAUACGUAGAGCGGUAUGUAUAUGUCGUAGCAAUAAUGUAAGUGUGGCAAUAAGGUUUAGUGCAUUUGCUUUCGUGUUUCGAGUAACCGGUGUGUAGUGCCCUCUCCUGUUAGUCGAUCGCUGUACACUCGCUUCCAUCGUACAUGUGUACGCUAAGUUCAAAUCUAUGUUAUUGAGCUAUAUAUUUUAUGAGCAAGUAAUUAGUUACAUAGAAUCGUGUACGUAUGAAUAUCAAUGUAAUUGUUCACAUUUAUUUUAUUAAACGCGAAUUCAUAGCCAGCCAAGUCGAACUGCUCGAUGUGUAAUGCGAUAAUUAAGCGGGAUUAUACUUUAUUUAAUCGAUGGAUGGUGAAUGGUCAGUAAAUAAAUAAAUUAAAUCAAUUAAUUAUUUAUAUACAUAAAUAUAUAACUAUUAUUAACUAAUUUAUUUAUAGAAUAAUUUAUUAAAUAACUGAUUUUAAUUAUAGGCAGUUUUUAAUAUUAAUUAUUUCAAAUAUAUAAUUUCGAAAUAGAUGCUACAAAUGUCCUUUGCGCAUCAAAUUUGAAUCUUAAAUCCGAUUUAAUAGAGUUUAAUUAAAUUAAAACCUUAUUAUAAUUUAUUUACAAUUACAAUUAAUUUACUCCAGCCAUACAACUGUUAUUGCUAAUUUUGUUAUUAAUAAGUAACUUUUGUAACAAAGACCGACACAUUAGUGGCGACAUCUAGUUUUCUGUAUGUUGUUUAUUUCAUGUGUACAACUUUAAAUAAUUUAUAAAUAUUUUCUUUUAUGAUGUAACAGUUUUUGAAAAGGAAUUUAGCUUGCACAGAAUAUAAAAAAAAUGCUUGGUGCAGCAAAAUUCGUAUCGGGUAGUGCAUUGAUUCGGUCUGAUGUACAGUUAAACCAGUGCAAUAUCUGACACAAGAUGCGUAAGAACUUAACGCACAGAAUGAGAAUGAAAUAGAGAUGUCAUUAAUGUCAGUGUUCUUAUUCUAUGACGAUUAUGAUUUUCCAUUGUUUGCCGCCUGUUGUUUUCAAUAUUAUAAAACAAGCAAGGAAUUCGAUUUGACUCUUUAUGCAAUUCAAAUAGUGUUCAUAAUUGCAUAGUACAUUUCGAGCAGUUAGACGUACGGCGUGUGCGGCUUCGAAACGCGCUUAGAUAAUGUUGUGUGUAUUGAGUGAUAAUGGGCGUCGAUUUCUAUUAGUUGAGUUUAAUUUUUUGUUGUCAAAUUAAUUAUUAGCGUAAGACAAAGUGCCAAGAGUCGCAACCUUUCCUAAGUGCAAUUCCUUCUCAAUUAUGUAUUUGUAUGUCACAGUGUGGAUUGAAGAGACUGGGUGAUUCUAGAAUUUCUUUUUCAAUAUUAAAAGAUACAUUUAGAUAAUUCUAACUCAUAUCUCUAAAAUGAAUUUUUAGAGAGACUUACAAUUUAGAGAAAGGCAUUUUAGAAUGUCCCAUUGUCUCGCUUAGCCAAACAAACCUCCAAUAUGAUAUUUUAAUGCCAAUAAUUUCAAUCAUUAUUCUCAAUUUGAUAAAUUUAUCAACAACUUCCUGUUUUCUAACCUUUUAUUUGUAUUGUAAAAAUGGAGAAUUGUAUACUAAAAUGAACGAAAUCGCAUAAUGUUUAUUAACGAUAAUAGCAGUAAAUGAUAUUCUAAAUUAUGUUUUGUAGUAGUUUUUAUUACAAUUAUAUAGGCGUUAAUGUGCGGCAGUUGUAUCGUACGCGUUCAUAUAAUAGUUGUGGAGAGUGUAAACAUGCAUUUCGCUGUAAAUUUGUUAUUAAAGUAGAUCAGAUAUUGCGAGCGAACGCAACUCGACGGAUUUCUGUCCGAGAUGUCAGCACACGCAUUCGUCAAAUGCGACAGUCGACCGAAAUCUGUUGAGAGAACGUCGGGCCUUCGCUGUUUACGGGCAAUAGCCGAGGUCGUGGACAUUUCGUAAAGAGUAGACGCGUGUGUACUCUUAAUGUAAGAAACAAACAAAUUAUAGUAUAAAAUUGUUUACAGACGCUCCACGGGCGUUAGACGAAAAUAUUAUUUUUCUUAGAUCACAUUAUAUUGUAAUAAAUGGUAAAGUAUAGAAAGUAUGGGUGUCAUGCUGGUGGCAAUGGGUGGUCGCGUCGCGCGGACGGUCAGGUUUAAAAAAUAUGUUAUUUUUUUACGAGCGCGCCGACGGCGCCACGCCGUGGACUAGCAUGGCCCCUCAUAUUUGUUAUGUUUAAGAGGAAAUAUCUAUUGUCUAUUCCAAGGGUUGAAUAACUACCAACACUUUUUUAUAUUACAAUAAUUAUAGAAAUUAUUAUUGAA